AUGCUAUCUAAAAUUGACUCUCUCAAAUACCAACUUGAAUAUGAGAGGUAGUAUCAAGAGAAGGAAUUAAAGUAAAUUAAAUUGGAUGACUAAAAAGAAGUAAAAAUGUUCACAUUCUAUAGAUUGCAGUAAUGUAGGAUGAACUCAAAAGAUUAUAAGAAAUGGUUGCAAAUGUUUAAUUCUAAGAGUAUUUCAAAAUGAAGAGAGAUAAUAAGAUAUUAAAUCAGGAAAAUACUAUUUUGCGUGAUAUGUUGAGAGCUAGUUAAAUUACAGGUUCAACAAAAGAAAUGGAACUUGAAAGAUUAAAAUAGAAAUUAUAUAGAUAUGAUAGUCAUUCAUUAUAAAUCAAAAAGGAGAGUCAUGUAGUAUAGACUUAAUAAUAUAUAGUUUAAAACUAGAGAUGUUAGAAAUUUAUCACAUCAUAGAAAUUAAACCUAACCUUCAUUAAUGGAUUCAACAGCAGAAACUUCAUCCAAGAUGUUACCAAUCAAAUUUAAGAUUAAUUAAUGA